UUAUACAAAAUUAUUAUAAAGCUAAAAAUCAAAUUUUGCUGCCUAUAAAUAACAACAAUUGCCACAAAUCCAUCACUUCUCAUUCUCAAACACAAACCUCUCCCCUUUUCUUAAUUUGACGGUCUGUCUUUUAGUUUGAGCUUUUUCAAAAUAAAAAAAAACGUUCUUUUUUAAUUUAAUAUUAAUCCGCAACCACUACUACCAUGGGUGCACGGAAACCGCAUGCAAUCUGCAUCCCGUUUCCGGCCCAGGGCCACAUAAACCCGAUGCUCAAACUCGCGAAGCUCCUCCACCACGACGGCUUCCACAUCACCUUCGUCAACACCGACUACAACCACCGCCGCCUCCUGAAGGCCCGCGGGGCCCGCGCCAUGGAUGGCCUCCCGGGCUUCCGCUUCGAGACGAUCCCCGACGGCCUCCCGCCCUCGGAGACUGCGGACGCGACCCAGGACAUACCGUCCCUUUGCGAGUCCACCACCACCACCUGCUUGGAGCCAUUCAAGCGGCUCGUAGCGCGGCUCAACGAGGCCGGGGACGCUCCUCCCGUCUCCUGCAUCGUCUCCGAUGGAGUCAUGAGCUUCACCACCGAGGCCGCAGCGGAGCUCGGAAUCCCCGAGGUUUUGUUCUGGACUACAAGCGCCGCUGGGUUCUACGCUUACACCCAAUUUGAAAAGAUCAUUCAAAUGGGCUAUGCACCACUUAAAGAAGCGGACGAUUUAACCAACGGAUACCUGGACACGGUGGUGGAAGGAAUUCCCGCGCUAAAGGGCAUACGCUUGAGAGACGUCCCGAGCUUCAUCCGCACUAUGAACAUCGACGAGUUCAUCAUCGGAUUCAUCUUUUCCGAGACGAGACGCGCCCAACGCGCCAAUGCAAUCAUACUAAACACAUUUGAUGCCCUCGAGCAAAAUGUUCUCUACGCGCUCUCCGCAUUCCUCCCGCCCAUAUACACGGUCGGACCGCUCCAUCUUUUACAAGCCGAGUUAACCGGCUCUCGGUUGGACCGGCUCGGUUCAAACUUAUGGAAGGAAGAACCGGAGUGUCUCAACUGGCUUGAUUCCCAAGAACCUGGUUCAGUCGUCUAUGUAAAUUUCGGGAGCAUAACCGUGAUGACUCCGGGUCAACUCACCGAGUUCGCAUGGGGGCUCGCGAACAGCGACGUAUCCUUUUUGUGGAUCAUCCGCCCUGAUCUCGUCUCCGGGGACAACGCGGUGCUGGCGCCGGAGUUUCUGGAGGCGGUUAAGGGGCGGGGGCAGAUGGCGAGGUGGUGCCCCCAGGAGAAAGUCCUGGGGCACCAGGCUAUUGGGGGGUUUCUGACGCACAGUGGAUGGAACUCGACUAUCGAGAGUAUGGCCAACGGAGUCCCAAUGAUCUGCUGGCCGUUUUUCUCGGAGCAGCAGACCAAUUGCUGGUACUGCUGCUCGCGCUGGGGGGUGGGGAUGGAGAUUGAUAGUGAUGUGAAGAGGGAUGGGGUGGAGAAGCAAGUGAGGAGUUUGAUGGUUGGGGAGGAGGGGAAGGAGAUGAGGCGGCGGGCGGCGGAGUGGAAGAAUCUUGCGGAGGAGGCGGCUAAGGGCUCGUCGCGACGGAAUCUGCAUAGAAUCAUUGAUGAAGUGAUGUUGGGUAAGGUUUAGAUUUUAUGGUACUAAGGAUUAAUCGAGGAAUUAUUGUUGAUUCUCUUUAAUUAAUAAAAAAAUGGAGUCAAGUGUUUGAAAAAUUGGAAGUCUUGUUUAAUUUGAAUUUUAAGAUCAUUAUUGUUCUGAUAAAUUAUAAUUGGGCUGUGAUGUACUAUUACUUUCAGCUUUAUCUUAUUGUUACAUAAAUGCUAUAGUAGUUAUGUUUCA